CACUGUUAUUUCCUCUGCCCAGAAGUGUGUGAAGUCAGCCGUCUGUCUGGCACAGAAGUGUGUUGAUGUGCUUCCAGGUGUUUGUGGUAAAUCCUAAUGUCUGGACUGCAGGACCCUCCCUACACCCUGUGAGAUCAUCGCCUUUUAAUUAGACCAGAUUCGCCAAUUACAAGACACUCAGGGCGUCUCUCUUUCUCUCCCUCGGCUCUAUAAAAGGAGCACAGGUCACCGAUUCGGCAGACAGGAGCUCAGGAAAGAUUUACUGUAUAAUGUCUUCCAAAACGUUUAUGGUUGCCACUUUGCUGGUUUGUGCUUUGAAAUUCAUCUCAUCUCAGACGAGCUGCAGAGAACGAUGUGGCGCCGAGUACUACCGAGGCAACAUGUGUCAGUGUGACUUCACCUGCCUGUCCUAUGAUGAGUGCUGCAAUGAUUAUGAAGCUCAGUGCACCACAAUAAACUCCUGCAAGGGCCGUUGUGGAGAAACCUUCAAGAGAGGCCGGCGAUGCAGCUGUGACUUCGAAUGCUCAAAGUUCAAACAGUGUUGCCCAGACUUCAAGAAGCACUGCGAUGUGGAUGAUUCAACUGCGGCAGAGGAUCCUGAAUUGAGUGAAGGAAACAAUGCAGAUGACAGCUUACUUACUCCAGACAGUUUGACACCGUACCCACCCAUGGAUCUUGACGAUGGCGAUGAUAUAUUUGCUGAGAUUUUUCCGAAUGACGACUUGUCCACCAACGGAGAUGUGCAACCGGAGGCAUCUCCAACCCCAGAGGUCAGCAGUGGUGAUGGACUGACUCCAGUUGAGCCUUUGGACGAAAUCCCGACUGAACCGACUCUGAUUAGAGACGAUCCACAGUUCAAUACAGAGCCGACGCCUGUGGAUGACAUUUUUACUUUGGCAGCAAUUACGACUGGACGCACAGACCCUACAGAACCGACAAGUGUCGACCCGGAUCAAACAACAACUCCUCUGGUUCCCUUUGAACCGAACAGCGGCGUCCUUGACCUUUCAUUGACCUCAGAGCCACAAACUGAACCUACAGCUUCGUCCGGAGCUUCAGAGACCGAGACGGAGAUUUCCCCCUCAGACGCACCAGAGGUCAGCCACACCAACGCAAAGGACUUAAUGGAAGAGCUGGAAAACUCCCAGCUCACCACAACUUCGGGCUCGUCAACCUUGGCUUCAGUUAUUGAGGAAACCACUUCAAGCCCAAACACAGAGAGCAGCCCAGAAAGCAUCACAACCAGCUCUCCUGAUGUUCUGCAAGACGUUUCAGACGCCACUCUCACCCCAGCUGGAGACGAGUUGCUCUCGUCCACAGCGGCUGCCCCGGACAGCGCCAGUGGCGGUGUUAAUCCAGAUGAAACAACUGCUGAUCCUCCCACAUCUGAACCCGACUCCAAACCGGACCCAUCCAAAGCAUCACCCACCACUAAACCUGAGUCCAAGCCUCUGGACCCACAAACCCAGAUUACAGACAACCUGAAAGAUUACCAAGGAGAUGACAGCGAUGACACAAACCUGUGCAGCGGGCGCCCGGUCAGUGGGAUCACCACACUGAGGAACGGCACAAUGGUGGUUUUCAGAGGCCAUUACUUCUGGGUUCUGGACAGAAACCUGGUGCCGAGUUCACCCAAAGGAAUCACAGCGGUGUGGGGCGUUCCCUCGCCCAUCGACACCGUGUUCACUCGCUGCAACUGUCAGGGCAAAACCUACAUUUUCAAGGCAGGAAAAUACUGGAGGUUCGAAAAUGAUGCUCUGGACCCGGGUUAUCCGAAAGUGGUGAAAACGGGCUUUGACGGGCUGCAGGGCCACAUCACAGCUGCCCUGUCUGUGCCGCAGUACCUCAGCAGGAAAGAGUCCGUUUACUUCUUCAAGAGAGGGGGAACAGUUCAGAAAUACUCAUACCAGUUUGGCACCAGUCCCAAAUGCGGAAGAACGGCCAACGUGCCUGUUUAUACUGUUCGCGCUCGACUGGUCCGUCAAGCAGUUUCUGUUUUGGAGCCAGCAAUAAACAUCCGUAGAUCCUGGAAAGGCUUCCCCUCCACCAUCACAGCAGCCGUUUCCGUGCCAACCAACAGAAACCCAGAGGGGUACAAAUACGUCGUCUUCUCAAGAUCGACGGCGUACAACGUGAGGAUGCACGAUGGCCAACCCGUUGUCGCCGCUCCGAGAGCAAAUGUGUCGCCGAAAACCGACAACUUCUUCAGAUGCCCGAAGAAAUCCUAACUGGAAAAAUAAAACAACAAAGGAGCACGAGCUAAUUUCAAACAGUUUUAUUUUCUGAUUAAAACACAGCAUCACAGCAUCAACAUGAAUUAAAAAAAACAUUCAAAUAAACAAAAUCUAGCCAAGAAACAAGAACAUGGAUGAAUGCAGUUCUGAAAGUUGAAUGGUGUUGCCUACAUUUAGGAGUUAGUACUGAUUAGUGCUUCAUCUCAGAAAUCGUCUCCCAUGUAAGCCGCGGGGAGGGAAGGUUUGACCUGCGGAAGACAAAGUUCAACAAUGAUGUAGAUUCUGUACAGUUACUAAGUAUUAGUCAAUGUUGUGCCUGCAUAUCAUCUCCUGGCAGUUUUGGUUAAUGAGGCAACAUUUUUAUUAAAUACACUGUUUGUGCAUAAAUAAGAGUGUGAAUAUAUGAUUUUUUUAAGGAAAAUUAGAGGGCAAUAAAGACUAAAUGU